AAAAGAUCGAAGGAUCUAUUCCCUUAGCAUAUAUACCAGCACAAACAGCCAACCCUGUCACUCCAAGCCACCAUGAGACCUCAUCAUCAGCUUCUUCCCCAGCCCUCCAAGUCAAGCCCACCAGCCGUAGAAGACCCCGCCGGAUCCCACCGUCCACCCGCCGCCGGGUCAGUGGGCCUUCUUGGGCCCAGGAAGAAAGGGACCAAGGCUACAACAAGUGUUCGUGCGUGGCUGCUGAUUGACUCCGAAGGCAACUCUCAAGUUUUGGAGGCCGGAAAACACGCCAUCAUGCGGCGCACGGGUCUGCCGGCCCGGGACCUCCGGAUCCUCGACCCGGUUCUGCGGUGCCCGUCGACGGUGCUAGGGAGAGAGAGAGCUAUUGUUAUAAACCUGGAACACAUCAAGGCCAUCAUCACUGCCCAGGAGGUCUUGCUGGUCAACUCCGCUGACCUUUCUGUCACGCCGUUCGUUGACGAGCUUCGACGUAGGCUGGUCCGCCAUCAACAAGCAACCACCAUAGCUUCGGAGGGUAAUGAUGAUGGUCAUACAAAGUUGCAUGAUUUGGGAGAGUCGCGUCAGAAUUCUCCAAGUGGUCAACAUGAUGGAGUAGGGAAAGAAGUUGUGAAGAAGCAAUUAUAUGGAUCAAAGGUUCUUAGCUUUGAGUUUGUAGCACUGGAGACUUGUCUUGAGGCUGCUUGCACUUCCUUAGAAAAUGAAGCAAAGGGAUUGGAGAAAGAAGCUCAUCCAGCUUUGGAGAAGCUCAGUUCCAAGAUUAGUACUUUGAAUUUAGAACGUGUCCGCCAAAUCAAAAGCCGCUUGGUUGCUAUAUCAGGACGUGUCCAGAAGGUGAGGGAUGAAAUAGAACAUUUGCUAGAUGAUGAUGAAGAUAUGGCUGAGAUGUAUCUGACUGACAAGCUUUCUGUUGAGUCAGACCUAGAGAACUCUUCUGCUUCAUCCAUGAAUGAGCAGAUGAGAGAUGAAAUGGAUGAUGAAAUUCAUCAAGCAGCAGAAGUGGACGACAGGAACAGCGAUACUGGUACAGGUACAAGCAAGCAGCUUGAUGUUGAGGAGCUAGAAAUGCUUUUGGAGGCAUACUUUGUCCAAAUUGAUGGCACACUAAACAAGUUAUCCACGCUGAGGGAGGAUGUAGACGACACAGAGGAUUACAUCAACAUAAUGCUGGAUGACAAACAGAAUCAGCUGCUGCAGAUGGGAGUAGUUUUAUCCACAGCAACACUUGUGGUGAAUGCGUUUAUCGUUGUUGCCGGGAUCUUUGGCAUGAAUAUAGGGAUCGAACUGUUCCAUGAAGAACUUAAAACAGGAAAUAAGAAGUUCAUGUGGACUAUUGGUGGGAGUUCCAUGGCGUGUGUAUUCUUCUUUGUGAUUGCCAUUGCCUGGGGUAAGCAUAUGCGCUUGCUGGAUAUCCCAUCACUGUUCUUUGUUUGCUCAAGGAGAAUCAGAAAGAAUUAAAGAUGGUUUGCUUAA